UGUUCACACUUGAUUAACGAGAAAACAGCCACCUGUUGUGGAGCACAUAAAGGCAAAAAAACCCACCGAGUCCUACACACCAGAGAAAACAUGAAGUUGUUUAUAGUGCUCGGGUUCGUGCUGCUACUUUCUGUCACAACUCAGCAAGUUGGCGCUUCAGAAGAUGUAAAAGUUCAAGAUGAAGGCAUAAAGCCUGCCUGUGAGCGGUUCAAAGAAGGAUUCUGCACCAGAGAGUUGGACCCAGUGUGUGGCACUGAUGGAGAGACCUACCCCAAUUUGUGUGUCCUCUGCCAGCACAACAGACGGGAGGGGACACAUGUGAAGGUGGCACGUAAAGGAUGGUGUCACAUGUAACUAAAUGUGCACCCCUCUACAGAGACAAAUCAUCAGCAAAAACGGAACUUGUCAAUAAAACUAUGGUAAACCGUU